CGAUUCGCCAUUGCGAAUUGGAAGCCACUUCCUUGAGAAAAUAUUCCUUUCGGAUGACGGUUCAGAAGACUGACAGACUUCUUUUUUGUCUAAUUAGCUGCAUUUUCGCACAAUUAUUCUACGGUCUACUUCUCGACAGGCAUGAAGCAGCCUGAAUAUACGGCGUGGGCUGACGCCAGUCGUUCAACUGAAGAGGACCAUGGCGACGAGCGCAGAGAUGAACGUCUACUCUCAACUGUGUUGAAGGAUCUCACUGCCGCCAAUUUUCUCGCGCGACAACUGAGGCUCGUUGUUCAGAAAGUUUUCUCUGGGGUUCACGACCUCUACCACACAGGCAUUAUAAAUGCAUGGUGGAUAUCACCGGUGGGCGACAGUGCGCACGGCAGCGGUGAGGCUGUUGCGUUGCAACGUCGUGUUGCACAGCUGGAGAAGAUACUGCAAGCGAUUACCGGGCCCGAUACAGUGGAUUGUCAAGUCCCUACAUCGUCGAUGAGCUCUCGUAGCGUAUCCGUCUUUGACAAUGAGGUAGGUUAUGCAAUUACGGAUUCGUUGAUAGAACAGGAGCAGAAACAGCACGUAUAUAUGAAUUUCCCUCCGGGGUGGACUUCGGGUAUGGAAGAUAUUUAUCUGGGGCUGUAUGCAUGUCGCGCCUCAGGCAGAUGGGUAUCGGAGUUGGAAUUGUCGAGCUGGACUGAAAUUCCUGUGGAGGAGGUACAGCAGUGUUUACAAUGGUUGGUACAAGCACGGAAAGUGCACGGCGUGGGCGAUGGCAGUCUGUGGAAGUGUGCCUGAGUGUGGUUUCGCCAAAGCCACCAUCAACCGCGCGCCUUUCGCCACAGAUAUCUAACGCAAGGCACAUAUCCGUCCUUUAUAGAGUAUAAGCACAUAUUGCUGAGUUUCAUCAAACGCCCCGGGCGCGCUGGUGAAAUUGAUGCGCACAAUCAUACGUGGU